AUGUCUCUUAGAACAGAGGGGUCCCAGUGUGAUGGUGGUGUUGUGGAGUUUAACAAUGAUAAUAACAGAGAUUCACCUGUGAUGAAAGCCAGGAGCAUACCAAGAUCAGCCCUCAUCUACCUCAAGGGCCCCAAGUUUCCCAUCUAUGUGAGCGGAGCACUAUCUAUGUGGGGUGAUCGCAUGUGGCAUUUCGCCAUUUCUGUAUUUCUGAUUGAGCUGUAUGGGCAUAACCUGCUGUUGACUGCCAUCUUUGGACUUGUGGUGGCUGGAUCGGUGCUCUUACUGGGAGCUUUGAUUGGAGAUUGGGUUGAUCGCAAUCCAAGAAACAAAGUGGCCCAUGCAUCCCUGUUCAUUCAGAAUAUCUCAGUGACCGUCUGCAGCAUCGUGCUCAUGUUUGUGUUCACCUACAAAAAGUGGGUUGAGGAAAUUUGGGAUGGGUGGUUAACUGUGGUUUGUUAUAUGGUGGUGAUCAUCCUGGCAGAUGUGACAAACCUUGCCAGCACAGCUCUCACCAUUGCCAUUCAGAGGGAUUGGAUAGUGGUAAUCACAGGCUACAACCGUGGUCACCUUGCAGGAAUGAAUGCAACAAUGAGACGGAUCGAUCAGGUGACUAAUAUCCUGGCUCCACUGGCGGUGGGUCAGGUAAUGACCCUGGCCUCUAAUGUGGUUGGCUGUGGCUUCAUCUUGGGAUGGAAUCUGGUAUCCCUCAUUGUAGAGUUCAUCUUCCUUUCCAGGGUCUACCGUAUUGUACCAGCGCUCUCUGUCAAACCACCAGCAAUGGAACAUCAAAGCUAUUUAGAAAAGAAAAGAGAAAGAAAAUGCUCCAAAGGUAUGACCUCAGUGUGUCCAACUGCAGCCAUCUCUGAAGAGAGCACCAGCAGCUUGCAUUUACAACAGAUAACCAAAUUACCAGUGUGCUUCCACCGCCUGUGUGGGCUCCUCAGCACCUGCCGAGAGGGAUGGAGGGCGUAUUACAAACAGCCUGUUUUCCUCGCCGGCCUGGGUCUAGCCUUCCUCUACACGACAGUGCUGAGCUUUGACUGCAUCACCACUGGCUACGCCUACACCCAGGGCAUCAGCGGCUCGCUGCUCAGCAUAUUAAUGGGCGUAUCAGCUGUAGCAGGGCUUUUGGGCACUUUGCUUUUCACAAAGCUGCAGAAAGCAUGUGGCUUGGUCACCACUGGGGUCAUUUCCAGCUGUCUGCAUCUCGGCUGCCUGUUGCUUUGUGUGUGCUCUGUGUUUGCCCCCGGCAGCCCCAUGGACCUCAGCGUGCUAAAUAUUUGGAAUUCAUUGGAUGUUGGCGGGUUGACUAGAGGUCACCAGAGGCAUGGAUACCCACUGCGUGGAGGCAGCAACCAGCCACUACUGCCAGACCGCUCCUCCAGUCACUGGACCAAUAACACUGUGCUAUUUGAAAAUGCACCAGCAGUGACCGAACCUGAGUCUUAUGCCUCCAUUAUCUUGCUGUUCCUUGGAGUCAUUACGGCUAGAGUUGGUCUCUGGUCCUUUGACCUGACAGUGACACAGCUCUUGCAGGAGACGAUAUGUGAAUCAGAGCGUGGGGUGGUCAAUGGAGUCCAGAAUUCAAUAAACUACCUGAUGGACCUGCUGCACUUCCUCAUGGUCAUUUCUGCACCUCAGCCACAACACUUUGGCAUCCUUGUCAUCGUCUCUGUCCUGUUCAUUUUGACGGGACACAUCAUGUACUUCCGGUACGCCAGGAAGGCUAAGAGGAAACAACACGCAAACACAUAAGCAACAUAGAUAUACAUGCAGACUUCGCUGUUGCACAGACUCUGUCACCAGUUUGUGAAUGUGACUCCAACCCUGCGCUGUGCCAUAAUUGUUUGCUGCAGCAAUUCUUGGAUUCACACAAAAUUGCUUAACUGCUGAAAAAAAAAUAAGCUAAAACUAGGGCAAAAAUCAUCAUAAGAUGGUCUAAGCUGGUUGGUUGGCUUGGUUUAGAGGGGUUCUGGGCACUUUACUGCAGGUCAAGCUGGCAGUUCAGUUUAAACCAUCUGAACAAUAGCUUGGCUUGGCUGUGAGACAAUUUUAUGCCAUUUAAAACCACCUAAUACCAGCAAACAGGUUUAGGCUGGUUUAAGCUACCUUUCUUACCAGCAGGGGAUAUAAAAAAGAUGUCACUGUGAGCGCUGCAUAAGAAAAGUGUGGCAGAAGCAGCUCAGUACUCAGGUGAAAACGACUAUGAAAUAGCGCCUCCUGCAGUCAAACAAGGGAAACGCCUUCAUGCUUAUAAAGCGCCACUAAGCCAACAUUCACACUGAAUGUUAAUAAAUGUUAUAGAACGCACAGUAUUUCAACACGAACAUAGCUGACACAACACAUUUUGUAUGGAUUAACACCUAAGCAAAAUCCUUUCUUGUAAGCCUUUUCAAUUUUGUCCCAUUGCAGCCAGAAACAGCAUGCUGACAAGCAGAUGUUACCAGCAGAAUAUAAUGAAACAUCAUUAAACUGAGCUACAGUAUAUUAUAAAUCAUACAAUUGACAGGCAAACAGACAGACAGUCUACCUUUCACUUAUACUGUCAAGAUUACAUGGUUUGGGAUUAAAGCACACAAGCAAUAAAUCUCGUCCAACAGAAAGAGAACAUUCCUCUCUAAAAUGCUUCUUAAAGCGUUCUCAAUAGUCAGCC